GCCAUUACCAAGACCAUUCGUUUCAAAUUAAAACCUGGAACAAUAGCUAAAUAUUUUGACUUGAACUGUCUUUGUCUUGUUUUUUUCUACAUUUUGCUAUAUCUGUGUGCGCUACGUCUAGAAUUAGCUGAUUCAAACAGCAUUCAACAGAACUGGAAUUCCCAAGGAUCUACUUACAGUGUUGUGUACAUCAUAUAGGAAAAACGUCCUAUAAACCUUCACACGGAUAUUCUGCAUUGAAUUAAAGGUUUCUUGACUCAAAAUAUCGAAUUCGACGUGAACCUCUAUUGACAGUGGCUCUUGCGCAUCAAAUUACGCGCUUAUAAUUAGAAGAAAUUUUUUUUACGCUUAAUUUAUUAGAGUUUCUCUCUUCAAUCGCAUAAACACAUUUCAGGACGAAUUCUUUUGGAACUUCUUUUCCAAGCUUGGUUCAGUCUGAAUAGACCUGUCAUUUUUCUCUUUUGUUUUUUUGGCCUUUUUUUUCUACUGUUUAUAGCUUGUUCUGAUGGACUUGGACGCAAAAUUAGAAACAUUAAAGUCUAUGGGCAUCCCGGAACCCGACGCUAGAGAAGCACUAGCAAGAUGCGAUAAUGAUGUUGAAGGAGCCGCUGAAUAUAUCUUUGGUGGCCAUUUAGAAAAAAACCGCCUCGUUCCUGUCGCCUCUAAUGUCUCCUUAGCGUCCUCUCUUCCUAGCUAUCAUGAUUCAUUCUUUCUGCCUUCCCCUCAGAAGCGCAGAAGGCUUUCUGAAAAGGUUGGAUCAGUUUUAAAACCAAGUCCAUUGUUUCCGUCAAUCGCUCCUUUUCUGGUAGCCUUAAAUGGGAUUCCAUUUGCCAGAAACGUGCUUAUUCAAUCUCUAAAUGAAAGCGGAUCUCUCGUUGAUUCGGAGCCCCAUCUUUCAGCCUCAUACCCUCAAGAUCGAUUGCAUCCUUCUCCAUCGUCUUUAUCUCGUUUUAGUCAACAAUCCUAUAACCAUCUUGGUUCUCCUGCUUGGUGGUUUGGUGAAGAACCAUGUGUUCCUCAUUCUUUAAAUGCCCGCUCUAUUUUGCAUUUACAAACUGCAAGAGCCUUAGAAUUUCUUACUUCCUCCCAUCGUUUGUAUCUCGAUUCGACUCAUAUAACCUCUGCUUUUUCCCAAUUGCUAUCUGAAGAGGGGCUUCAUAAUCGGUCGCUGUCUGAUUGUGAUGUGCUUACCUCCUUUUUGUCAAAUUUCUUUAGCCAUCCUAAUCGGAGGUAUGAAGAAACCUUUGCUUCCACCUUGUUGAAGGGUGAUAGCGGGGAGAAGAAAAAUUACAUGUUUUCAUUUAGCCCAAGCUCAACGCCUGAUCUUCGGUUGAGUAUAGAAUCUUGUUUCGAUCUUUUAUUGCAUCCUCCCUCUAUACCCACAAAGGAUUGGACAUGGAUAAGCAAGCCUGCUAAAGUAUUUUGCUGCUCUGUCCCAGGAAUCCGAACCCCGGGAGUUCCCCGAAUCCUACUGACGACAAAAAUAAAUUUAAGUAAAUGCAUCUAUGAAAACAAAGAAGCAGUGCUGCAUCGUUAUCAGCUUGAGACAGAUUAUAAAACAGUAUUGAGGGAAUGGGAAGAUUUAUUUAAUACACUUACUGGAAGAAAAGUUACAAAGUAUGACAUUACGGAAUUGUUAAGUGAUGGUCAUUUGCUUUUGAAAGAUAGAAACUCGGCAUUAGCUAAUCACUUGGACGUGAUUAAGGAGACAACCAAGAAUAAAUUAAAUACUCUGAUUGAGAAUACAAACGCCGUACAACACAAACUAGCUUCGUUAUAUAAUGAUUUAAACAAUCAGUGUGUUCGACGCUUACGGGCGGUGAUACUUGAACCGUCAAUAUUAUAUAUCUGUUUGGAUCAACAAACUACAAAGGAGAAUGGUCUUCCUCAGAUAAGCCCCAGCAUGGAUUCUCGCCAAUGGUAUCUAGUUAAUUUUACAUCCGCAGCUGUGAUUACCGACGAAGUUUUACCAUGUGAUGUAAAGCCUGUAACGUUUGAUGAAGUCGAACUCAACUUUGAAAAUCAUGUCUCAUAUCAUUCUCGAUUUUUGGUUUAUGUUGCUGAUGAACUACCGGUGGAUUCCCAUGUUCCCUCUAUACCAAAUACAGUUAAGCAGUUUAUUCAAGAAGACAAUGAAUACUUUGAUGAUGAGCUAUCUGGACGUGCUUUGUGUGAAAGUAUUAGCACCCGAAGCUCUAGAAGUAAUGAUAGUGGUGAUGAUACGUCCGACUUUGAUCCUGAAGAUCAAGGAUUACAGCUACGCGUUCCUCGUAUAAAUACAAAUGUACGAGGACAUCAGUCAAGGAACAGCGCAUGCGAGUUCCCUGAGAGUAUGCAUGUGGAACACAGUAAAGAAGAGUUAUGAGCUAGUCGAAUUUGAUUUAUUUUUACGUAUGUAAUUCAUGUUGAGUUUUUCGAGAAUAUAGGAAUCUUUUAUAUGACUUUCUUUCAUGGCAGUUUUGGCAUCUUCUAUGAGAUGCCUUUAUAGAAAUGGAAUUAUGAUUUGCUUUGAUGAUUUUUGUAAUGCCAAAAAAAAAAAAAAAACCAAAACAAACAAAUAAGAAUGUAAAAAGAAAACUACAAUCUAUGAGGAACAAAAUGGUGCACUACGAUACUAAUAGGCACCUACAACUCAAAAGAAGCAAUUGAAGGAGGUCUAAUACUAUACAUUGCAAGUGCAUUUAAAAUAGUUAGAAUAAAUAAAAGUACGAGUUGCCGAAGAAAAGGCCGAAAAGAGAAGCAAUAAGUGCGAAGUACAGAUGAAUGGUACUAAACAGAGAGUGGACGAAAAGUGAGGAUUUGCCAAAAAGAAGUCUUAAAUAAAUAUCAUAAGUCAUAAAACAAACAACACGAUCUUUUAAAAACCCGUCUAAAUCUCUAAGUUGCCUUAAAAGAGCAUGGAGACAUAGAAAGCUAAUUGUCAUCUCUGGCUUCUAAUAGUGUCUGCUUCAAAGAUGUCACAACAGGCUUGCCUUUUGUAUAGUACUUUUUCUUAUGAGCUUGCAGUUUUGCCGUGCAGGGGCUCAUUAGGUUAUCCGUAGGACUGGUUACUGCCUUGCUCUUUUCCCGACUAAAUCGAGGCUCCAAUAUUUGUUUACGAAGACUUUUGCUCCCUUGAUGAAGUGGUUGUACCAUGAUUUCAGGUGCUUCUUUGCUUUGAGUUUGUUGAACGUAAGCCAUUUUUGACGACCUUUUCCUAUGAACUUCUGUAUUCUAUUUGAUCCAGAUUAUGGCUGUUGCAGAGUUUUCAAGGUUCUUGUUUGUUUAUAUGUUUUGGUAUAGGUUACUAUGGCAACCACAGAAAAGUAAACAAACACCUACGAUCAUUUGAACGUCAUUAACAUGAAGCGUAAAACAAUAGAAGAGACCUGAUUACUACGUUUAUCCUGCUGUUUAAACCCUGUAAACAAAGAAAAAGAAAUCAAAAAUAAUAAAAACAAGGCCAAUCAUCUAUAGUGGAGAGGAAAAGAAACGCUGCCAAAUUUCACAAUCAAAUCUUCUUUUUUAUUAACAUAAUAUCUCUACAUUAUAUACAACAUGCUCAGGAACACCGUGUAGAACCUUGAAAGAAUCCCUUAUUUACCCAAUAAUAUCAUUAAACAGACAUGCCAAAAAAACCCCAAAAGAAAAUAAAAAGCUAAAUCCAAAAUUGUUUAGAAGUCAUCCAGUACUCUACCGCUGCGCUGCUUUGUACGCUUGUUUUUCUUGUUAUGUUUCUUGGAAGAAGCAGCCAGAACAGCAUCGGGAGAUACACCUACUUCCUGAGUACUAAUUUGACGAGCUUUGCGACGUGACAAUGGCUUUCCUUGGGCGUUCAUUGGAUAUUUUGGAGUACCAUCAUCAUUUAAACGACGCUGAAACGAUUGAGUCAUAUUUCUUCCUUUAUAUUCGAUACCCUGAAUAUCGGCUGCAGCAGUUCCACGAACAAAGGAGCGGACGUGAGGAUUUUCUGAAAAGUAUUCUUUGUCAAUCUCCUCGCUUUCACGGAGAGCCAACUUAUCUUUCAUAGUUAUGUUUUGAAGUUUCCUGCCAAUAUCUUCAGCCGCUGAAGAAAGAUAAUUGAUAUGAUGCUCUUUAUUGAAUUCCAUGUCCGAGUCAGGAUAAUUAGGUGGAGGAUGGACAUAGAUUAAUUUACCAUUCACGUAAUCCUUUAACAAAAUUCUUGAAGCUCUCGAGUCAUCAGGAGUACCGUGAUUCGACCUCAUAUAACCACGGGCUCGGGCAUAUGGGAACAAGACUUCUUCGGCUGAGGGAACACCUGAUCCACCCUCUUCUUUAGGACGAGUACGGAUCCUAAUAGUGUAGAUGUUUUCAAGCACUUCUUUAGGAAUUCUUUGAGCCAACAUGGCAGAAGGCCCGGUAUGCUCACGCAUUUGGUCGAUAGGCAAGACACCAUCCAAAACCAAGUCUGCUUGGGUAGUUGCAAAAGAGGGAAAAACCAAACCGGGACAAUCCAACAAGGUUACCUUGUCUGUCAAAUUGAUAGUUUGAAAGUGCUUCGUUUUACCGGGAGUUGAAGAAACCGAGACUGUUUUAUGACCAACUAAGGCGUUAAUGGUAGACGAUUUACCGACGUUGGGAUAACCCACAAGUCCAAAAGUCAAUUUUCUCUUAUCUUUUGCAAGAUUGUUGGCAUAGGUUUCAAAGAUUCCUAAUAAGGUGUCUAAUGUAGCGAUGCGGUGAUCCUCCGUAUGGGUUUCAGAGGCUUUCAGGCUUUCAGGAACACCAGUAGCAUCUUCAGCUUCCUCCAUGUUUGAUUCGGCAGCCAAACGGGCAGAGAAAAACAGAUAGGAGAUGUUGUGUUGAUUAAAGUAAGCGGCCCACCAUUUUCUUUGUUCGGUAGUGAGCAUGUCAGCCUUGUUUACCAACAAAAAGUUCUUUUUCUUGGGGUCCACUCCCUGAACGUAAUGUUCUAAAUUUGCGGAACGGAAAAACAAAGGAUGCCUGGCAUCCACAAUUUGAACGACCACAUCGGAUCGUUCGAUGACACGCCAUAGUUGUCUCCAUAUCUGAAGAUUACGUUCGAAAGGCGUUACGACAAAUCCCUCUACCUCUUGCAAUUGAGCCAGACUACGUCGCCAUUCUAAAAACGCCUCUUUUUCCAUUCUGUCAAGUUCCUCGGGUGUAGUGGAUUCGUUCCAAUGAGGACGACGAGGAAUAGUAAGUCGAUCCUUGUUUUGCUCUUGGCGUGCUUUUGAUUGCUUUGCCUCUUCUACAGUUGGCAAAAAAGGGUUUUGUUCGGGGUUUUGGAUUACCUUCACAUUUUGUUUUUCAGCAACAAAAUCAACACCACCCAAUUCUGCCGUGCUUAGGAAUUCAUCGAGAUUACUCUCCUGAGUUACAGAUCGCAAGGCCGGCUUUUUGGCUCUGGGAUCAAAUUCCGUGGUAUGUUUCAAUCCUCCUUUCCGGUUUUUACGAGCCUUUGUAAAGUCCGCUUGGAUAGCUCUUCCUAGUCCAACGUUAUUUCUUGACUUGGGCAACACCUAACUUUGUUAGCUUCCUACCCAAUUCCAAUUCCAAUAAGGAUGGUCAAAUCCAUCCGAUGUUGACCAAAUCCCGUUGUUUCUUCGCUAUUUUCAUACCAUUUCGGCGAUUCAAAAAGAUCCUUAUAAGAAUAUUUGUAAAAUAUUCUCGUAAAUUGCCAGUAAUGUCGGAUUUUUCACGACAAAGGCGAGAUUUGCAGUUUGGUAGUUUCACUGUUUAGCCCAAGGCCUCUCCUUAGAAAUUGAGAAAUUGCUGAAUAACGAAGCGGAAGAACAGUCACGCAGAAUAGUGAGCUUGAAGAAAUUUUAGUGACAAUUUAGCGAGGCUUUAAAUUAAAGCGGGGCGGGUAGCUUAGCGCUAAUUAUUUUGCAUGUUCUUGCGCGCUAAACAGUAAACAAACACUGGUAGAAAUUUUCCCAGGAAAACUCGUUCCUGGGAAUGAAUAGCCAACGUUGUUUAUUGCAAAAAGAUACUCAAAAAAGAUAGGUUCAAUUUUCAAAGCGUUCACCAAACAUCGAUAAAUCCAAUUUAAUCAAUUGCUUAUUCACUAAUUCAUCGCACACUAUCGCUAAAAGAGCUAACGUCCCCAAACGAACUCACUAUAUGCGAUUUCCAACUACUCGACUUUGGAUGCAU